CCACCGCGGCUCCCCCAGCCAUCGAUCCACCGCAAACAAGCUCGACGACACAAAGCAGCUAGCAUCGUAGCCAGCCAGCCGCCCUAAAAACCAGCCAGCUAAACCCAUGGCCGGGAUCGUGGUGGUGUUCGACUUCGACAAGACGAUCAUCGACGUGGACAGCGACAACUGGGUGGUCGACAACCUGGGCUUCACCGAGCUGUUCGAGCGCCUCCUCCCCACCAUGCCCUGGAACACGCUCAUGGACACCAUGAUGGGUGAGCUCCACGCGGCCGGCAAGACCCUGGGCGACGUCGCCGAGGUGCUGAGGGCGGCGCCCAUCGACCCGCGCGUGCCCGCCGCCAUCAAGGCCGCGUACGCGCUGGGCUGCGACCUGCGCGUGCUCAGCGACGCCAACGCCUUCUUCAUCGAGACCGUCCUGGAGCACCACGGCAUCCGUGGCUGCUUCUCCCAGAUCAACACCAACCCCAGCCACGUCGACGCCGACGGCCGCCUCCGCAUCGGGCCCUACCACGCCGCCCCGCACGGCUGCGGCGUCGGCACCUGCCCGCCCAACAUGUGCAAGGGCCUGGUGCUCGACCGCAUCCUCCGCGAGGCGGCCGCCGGGACGACCGGGAGGUCGACGAAGCGCGUCAUCUACCUCGGCGACGGCCGCGGCGACUACUGCCCGUCGCUGCGGCUGGCCCGGGAGGACUUCAUGAUGCCGCGCAGGGGUUACCCCGUGUGGGACCUCAUCCGCGAGGACCCCGCGCGGGUGCAGGCGGAGGUGCACCCGUGGGCCGACGGCGCCGACCUGGAGGAGACGCUGCUGCGCCUCGUCGGGAGGGCGCUCGUGGAGGAGGCCGCGCUGCCGCCGCCGCUCGACUGCAAGCUCGAGUCCACCAUGCCCGUUGCCGCGCAGGACGGCGGCAUGCCCAUCAUGCCGCUCGGCGUCAAGAACUGAUGCCGUCUUGUCUCUGGUUGAGAAUCUGAUAUUAUUGCCGGUUCGGGUUCGUUGUGAGAGCUCGAGCAAGUGCGGGCGAGGCACGGCGUACGAUACGAUGGAUUAAUAGUAGCGUUUGUUAACUGUAUUAUUGACUAAUUUUGUGUGCGUGUGGUGUAUUCCCUCCGGAUCGAGCCUGUCACUGCUGAAUUGGCUAUGGCUCGUUGUAUCUUCUUUGCUACCGACAAAAGAUAAAAUUAAUGGAUGAAAUCCCUUACGAUUUACGACAAGCAAAA